UGAGUGCCACACACCUGCCGGGGUGACGGGGGCCGGGCUCUGUGGCAGAGCGACGCUUUCUAUGCAGAAGGCUCACUCCCCGAUGGCAUCGCCAGGUGCCCGUGGCCUUUGAGGACGUGGCGGUCUAUUUCUCCAGCGAGGAGUGGGCACAGCUGGCAGAAUGGCAGAAGGAGCUGUACCAAGACGUAAUGGCAGAGAAUUACGAGCUGGUCUCCUCGCUGGAAUGCCUGCUCUCUAUCCCUGAACUGCUCUCCCGGCUGGCGCGGGGAGAGGCGCCCCACACUGCUGCAGACCCCCCACCCUCUGCGGGAAACGCCGACUCCCCAGCUGACGUGACCGAGACACAGCCCCCAAAGGCGCCUGACACCCCAGUGGCCUCCGAGGGACCCGCUCCAGACUCGGCAAAGACUCCCCGCCCUCGGGCCGCCAAGAAGGGCCCCAAGAGAAGGGCGUUGCAGGCCACGCGGGGGCCCCCGGGGGCCGGCCGGGCCCCUGCAGACCGGCAGAAGACCCCCAAGCGGCAGAAGCCUUUUAAGUGCCCCAAGUGCCAACGCCGUUUCCUGGGCCGCCUGGCCCUGACCGCCCACCGGCGCCUGCACGUCCGCAAGUGGCCCCGGCCGGGCCCCCAGAGCGCAGGAAGGGCCCCCCAGGCGCCGGAGCUCGCCGUGCCCCAGGAAGGCCAGCCGGGUGCCAGUCCCAGCCCUUUCCCUUGCAGCCAGGGAGAGGGCACCCUGCCCUUCUGGCCGGAGAUGGCUCUGCACCAGCAAUCUCCUCUGACGCACGGCUUCAACCCCUGGUCUCUGGGCUACGGCCCCCAGCCCUUGCCCGGCCACCAGGCGCCCGGCCUGCCCGGCAACGGGGAGUUCAUCUGCGACCAGUGCGGCUGGAGCUUCCACGGCUGGGAGGAGCUGGUGACGCACCAGAUGGCGCACAUGGCAGCCGAGGGCAUCGCCGGCUCCGUGCCCAAAGCGGGCGCCCUGGCGCAGCUGUCGGGCGACCGGCCUUAUGCCUGCGCCCAGUGCGGCAAGAGCUUCCGCCACAAGCCCAACCUGCUGGCGCACCGGCAGGUGCACACGGGCGAGCGCCGCUACCAGUGCCAGGAGUGCGGCAAGUCCUUCGGCAGCAAGGCCUACCUGGCGUCGCACCAGCACAUCCACACCGGGGAGAAGCCCUACGUGUGCGCCCAGUGCGGCAAGAGCUUCCGCCACAAGCCCAACCUCAUCUCCCACCAGAAGAUCCACACCAGGGAGCCCCUGCUGCCCAGCCACCCGCUGGACGCCUUCGACGGAGACGCCUUCCCCAACCCGCGCACCGCGGCCGACGCCCUCGGGCUGGACGCCUUCCGGCGGCCCAUGCCGCUGCCGCCGGCGCCGCUGCCGACCGACGCCCGCCUGGCUUGUGCGCAGGGCGACACUCCUCUGCCGCCGCUGCCUCCCGGCGUCCUGCCGCCUCCGCCUCCCGCAGCGGCCGAGCGCCCCUUUGUGUGCCCCGUGUGCGCCAAGCAGUUCCGCUGCAAGCCCUACCUGGUGGCGCACAUCCGCAUCCACACGGGGGAGAAGCCCUACGCCUGCAGCCGCUGCCCCAAGCGCUUCUCCCAAAAGUCCAACCUGGUGUCUCACGAGCGCCUGCACACGGGGGAGAAGCCCUACGCCUGCCCGCUCUGCCCCAGGGUCUUCAGCCAGGGCUCCAACAUGCGCGCCCACCAGAGGAGCCACAGGAACGUGGCCGCCCCUGGAGAGACGGGCGUCAGCCUCCGACAGGGGUAUGUGGUGAGGCAGAUCCAGCCGCCCCCGCCGCCCCCGCCAAACUAGGCCUCUGAGGCCUGCUCCUCCAUAGCUGGGCUGGCCGCUGCCUCGUGGCCCUCCGCCCUCCCUGCCUGCCCGGGAAUCGUUUGGUGCGGUCCCUGCAUCGCAGCGGGGUUGGGCUGGAUGACUUCUGGGGUGUCCCUUGCAACGCUACGGUUCUACGGUGCACCCAUGUUUCCAUUUAGUGCAGUUCCUGAAUUGCAGCGGGGUUGGGCUGGAUGACCUCUGGGGUGCCCCUUCCAGCGCUCCAGAUCUACGGCACAACCACGUUUCCCUGCGGCUGUGUGAACUGGGCAAAGGCUGCGGUGCCCUUCCGUCUCUUGGGGAGUCUGCAGAUUUCCCACCGGAAAGAGGCCCUCUCCUCUCGCUGCCCCUGCCCUGCCUUAACCUCAGAAUUUUGCUUUGGCAAACUUCUCCCCGUCCUGAGAAAUCAAACGAGGCAGGAGGGACCCCAGACUUUCGUUUCCGGGAAGAGAGUUGCCAUGCCUCCGGCCUCCCGGGAAUAUUUUCCUGCUGUCCUGGAGAGGCUGCCAAGGAGAUUCACUCUGCACGUGUUUGGCAACACACUCUUCUUUCUGACGGAGAAUGGAGCAGGGGUCCACAGCUCAGAGGUGGGGCGCAGGAUUCGCAGCCUCAGCCCCCGAUAUCUCCACUGAAAUGGAUCUGACUCUGGGGAGGGGACGGCGCUUGGCUCUGUGGUCCCGCGGACUGAGUCCGAAUUGGGGGGGGGGCUUCCUUUGCUCGGUGUCUUCAGCAGGGCCAGCGAGCAGACGGAGAUCGAGAGCAGAAGACUUAGGAACGUUAGAAGAGAAGAGAAGCGUACUGGAUCAGGCCAGUGGCCCACCUAGCCCAGCGUCCCGUUCUCACAGCGGCUGGCCAGAUGCCCCAAAAGGGAACCAGCAAGCAGGACCAGAGGGUAGAAACUUUCUCCAGUUGUUGUCCCCCGUUAUCUGGUUGUGCAGAGGUAGACUGCCCUUGGGCAUGGAGGUUCCGCUGUCAUAAUAGACCUCCAUAAGAAGCCCUCUCUCCUCCUGCAGUUUCCGGCAACGAUGGCCAGCAGAUGCUUGGGGACAGGUUCACAGAGGAGGAGAGGGCUGCCGAGGGCUCUGGCAGUGGAGGUAUAGCAGAGCCGUCCUGGCUAGAAGCUGUCCCCAGCUCUCUCCUCCUCCAAAAAUUAAAGCUGUCUAGGUUGGUGACCAUCGCAGUCUCCUGAGGGAAGGGGUUCCGCAGAUUAACUACGAGAGUCGAGGGACUGCAGAAGCCCCGCAGCCAACAAAAGCCAGCCUGAGCUCUAAAAAUAAAAUUUAAAAAAAUCUGGACCUUUGCUGCUUCUUUGCAGAUGGACGGUUUCCGUGAACGGGCCUUGGCAGAAUUUGGGGCAGGGGUGUGCCUGUGGACAGGGAGCAAGAGAUUAAGAAGAAGGAGGACUCUCACCCACAACUGACACCGCAUGGUAGAUUUUAAAAAUAAUUAGAAGCAGGCCUCUCUUGCCGUGACUUUUGGGGAGAUUCCGCGCAGAAGCAGGCAAGACUCUUUGGGUUUGUUUUUCCCCCCCUUUUAGGAUUGCAGCUUGAUUUUAUUGAAAAUAAGGAGGUGGCUAGUCCUCAUUGCUGGCGAGACACGAUCCGAAGAUGGGCGAGUCGUCUCUGCACCAGGUUCAAAAUCCACGGCGAGGAGGAGCUGCCGGCCGGUCUUGCAUGGUGACCCGUUCCUCUCGCCCGCCUUCCAAGUCCUGUCGUCCUCCUACCUCUGACCUCAAAGCCCUCUUCGACUUUUCACCUUCGGCUUCUGCAGCACCGCAUGCAAACGGAGAAAGGGGGAGGAAAAGCUUCUCUGCAUCUAUUUGCUUAAUUCGGCAUUAUUUAUAACCAGGGCAGGCUAGGGGGUUGGGUCGUUUGUGUGCGCGUUUGUGGAAGACUUGUGGGCGAGGAGACCACAUCCCAAACUCCUAAUGCUAACUUUAAGGAAAUAACGCAAGGUAAACAACACUGCCCUUUCUAGAUGCCCUGUUUUAGACACAAGCCAAUUUCGUUUUCAACCGGUUUCCUAUUGUAUACUCUUUUAAAACAAAUAAAGCGGUAGAUGUUAAUUUUAAAAACACA